UUCCAACGGGACUUCUGUCUGUAGCAUCCGAACAGUUUGGGCUACAUACAUGUCGGUUGUUUUGCUCAAGAGGCAAACACGCCUCACAAGACUUAUCUGAAGGUCCCCCGGUACCAGUUUAAUGAAUACAUGUUUAAUAACAAUAGUUCUACAGGCCAAUAGGUGGCAAAAGUAUUACUUAUGGAGUAAGACAGAUAAGACAUGGAGCUCUGAGACACGCAAACUAAAAAACACAGGACACAUUACAAUAUGGAAAUAAACACACUUCUUUCUCCCUUGGAAAAAUGUGUAGAAUUACAGGAAAUUAGCUUUAAAAUAGCAAUAUUUUCUAUCAGCAUCAUAGCAAAAUGUGUAGAAUAGCAUGAGAUUAGCUAUAAAACGACAAAAUGUAUCUCAAUAGCAACAUUUCUGCAGGCCCACCCAACGAAUUUCUGGCUACGCCAGCAGAGGUCGUAGAGGAGCCGCUGUAAAUCCAACAGUUCAUUUGACCUAGAUAGUUUGUGUGUAUGCAUUGAUAUGUAGGCUACAUAUGCCGUUUAAAAAUGUUUUAUGUAGUUCUGUCCUUGUCUAUUGAUGUUCUGUAUUAUGUUUUGUGUGGACCCCAGGAAGAGUAGCUGCUGCUUUUGCAACAGCUAAUGGGGAUCCUAAUAAAAUACCAAAGUGGAUGCGAUGUUCAGGUGCACAUGAACACUUGCUACACCAAUGAGAAAGAAGUUUGUUUAUUUCCAUAUUGUAACGUGUCCUGUGUUUGAAGUUUGCGUGUAGACAUUGGGCGAGUUCGCAGCCGGGGAUAUGGGAGGGGUUGAAGGCGUGUAAGGGAACAGUUCGCGGAAUGUCACUGAAGACGGGUCGAGACGAGAUGCACCUGGGGAAUUUACAGGAACAGAGCUCCACUGUCUAUGACACACUGGAAUAUGCGUUCUUGAAUAUUUGGGAAAAUGUAUACCACCGAACGCAGGCGUAUGAGCCUGCACGAGAUCAAUAGAAAGGAUCCUGUUUGGGUAUCAGCUGGAAGUUUAUGGCAGGACCCUUUGGCUAUUGAUCUCACCACCUCGAAUAAGCACAUUAUUUCACCCCGGAGUCGGACUAGGGCUGUUGCUGUUGCAUACAUUAUCGUUGAGGAUGCAUCCCUGCCACAGACAGAAGAGAACCUGUCACUGAAGUCUGUGAAAGAAGCCUGCGCGGAUACGCACGCGGUGUUCAAAACCAUUCCUUUCGAGAGGAUAUCGCUUGGGACGACUGACGUUCUUGAUAUCUUCUACAAUGCAGAUGUGGCAGUGGUGGAAAUUAGUGACACUUGCUGCCAGCAGUCACUCUUCUAUCACCUGGGCGUAAGAGAGAGCUUCAGCAUGACCAAUAACAUCAUCCUGUAUUGUUACAAGCAGGACAGUGACCUGCAAGCACUCAAGGAGCAGUGUGGGAGCUACACGUUCAUCCCGUAUGUGGUGUUGCCACAGGGCAAGGUGUUUGCCUGCGACGCGACCCUCUUAAGCGGCAUCAAAGAACUGAUGCAGCCAAGCUUCCAACUGGAACCCCUCCUCACCCCACUGGUAGAGAGGCUCAUUCAACUGCUGGAUAAUGUGCACGUUCAUGCCAGUGAGUACUUCCGGGAGUCCAUCCGCCAUGAGAUCCGCACGGCCCGGGAGCGCUUCAGUGGCCAGGACUUGAGUCAGGAGCUGGGCCGCAUCCAGAAGCGCCUUGACACGGUGGAGCUGCUCAGCCCAGACAUCAUCAUGAACCUACUGCUGUCGUACCGGGAUGUCCAGGACUACGAUGCCAUUAUCAAACUGGUAGAGAGCCUGAACAACUUGCCCACGUGCUUGGUUGCUGCCCAGCAGAGUAUCAAUUUUCACUACAUAUUUGCUUUAAACAGGAGGAAUCGUCCAGGUGACCGUGCCAAGGCCCUGGAGUUGAUUCUGCCCAUUGUGGAGUCAGGUGACAGGGUGGCGUCGGACGUGCACUGCCUCUGCGGCCGUAUCUACAAAGACAUGUUCAUGAGCUCUGGCUUUAAAGACCAUCGCAGUCGAGACCAGGCCUGCUACUGGUACGGCAAAGCCUUCGAGACAGAGCAAACCCUUCACUCCGGUAUCAACAACGUUGUCCUCUUGAUGGCUGCCGGCCACGAAUUUGACACCUCCAUCGAGCUGCGCAAAAUAGGUGUGUCCCUGAGCAGCCUGCUAGGGAGGAAGGGCAGCUUGGAGAAGAUGCAGGACUACUGGGAUGUAGGCUUCUACCUGGGAGCCAGCAUCCUGGCCAACGAACACAGGAAGGUCAUCGAGGCUUCAGAGAAACUCUACCGGCUCAAUGCACCCAUGUGGUAUGUGGGCUCGAUCAUGGAGACGUUCAUCUUGUACCAUAAGUUCACCAAGCCCCCGGAGGUGAAACCGUCUAAACAGGAGACUGUGGACUUCUGGAUGGAGCUGAUGCUGCAAAUCUGCAAGCCCACUGUUUCCACUGACCGCUGCCCAGUUCUGAUCCUGGAGCAGACCAAAGUGCUCCAGCCCACCAUAGUGUGUGUGAGUGAGGAGGACGACAGCUGCACGGUUCGGCUCAACCACAUCACACCCCUGAAGAAAGGCCAGAAAGCCCAGUGGACUUUCCCAGCCUCGCAAAUCCGGGGAGUGAGUGUUUCCAAGUUUGACGAGCGUAGCUGCUUCCUGUAUGUCCUGGAGAACUCGGAUGACUUCCAACUCUGCUUUCCCAGCGAGCUGCACUGUAAGGGGUUCUGUGAGAUGGUCAACUCUCUUCUAAGCCAGGCAGAAUCCCCAGUGGAGUACCCCAGCGAGCUCACUGGAGGAUUACUGGAGUUUAUCUAUGAGACCAGCGAAAACAGAGACAAGGUGGUUCUGGGUAAAGGAACCUAUGGCGUGGUGUAUGCUGGGAGGGACCUGAGCAACCAAGUCCGCAUCGCCAUCAAGGAGAUCCCAGAGAAAGACUGCACUUACUCCCAGCCUCUGCACGAGGAGAUGGCUCUGCACAAGAGGCUGAAGCACAGGAACAUCGUUCAGUACCUGGGCUCUAUGAGUCAGGACGGCUUCAUCAAGAUCUUUAUGGAGGAGGUUCCUGGAGGGAGCUUGUCCUCUCUCCUGCGUUCCAAAUGGGGACCCCUGAAAGACAACGAGGCCACCGUCAUUUUCUACACCAGGCAGAUCCUGGAAGGGCUUAAGUAUCUCCAUGACAACCAGAUAGUCCACAGAGACAUCAAGGGUGACAACGUGUUGAUUAACACCUACAGUGGUGUUCUCAAGAUCUCUGACUUUGGCACCUCGAAACGACUGGCGGGAAUCAACCCUUGCACAGAGACCUUUACAGGGACACUGCAAUACAUGGCUCCAGAGAUCAUCGACCAGGGCCCGCGGGGUUAUGGGAAGCCUGCAGACAUCUGGUCCUUGGGCUGUACCAUCAUAGAGAUGGCCACGGGGAAACCACCCUUCCACGAGCUGGGCAGCCCACAGGCAGCCAUGUUCAAGGUUGGUAUGUUCAAGAUCCACCCGGAGGUGCCGGAGUGUAUGUCAGGUGAGGCCAAAAGCUGCAUCAUGAGCUGCUUCACACCGGACCCAGACAACAGGGCCACGGCCUCUGAGCUGCUCAAGGACUCCUUCCUCAAGUCCACCCCCCGGAGGAAGGCCAAGCCAGAGCCUGAGACACUGCCUACGGAUGCUGGUGACAUCUACCAGCGCAGUAUGUCUGUCCCAGUGUCUGUACAAGUGACAGAUACAGACAGGAUGGACCUGUCGUGCUCCUGGGACCUCCGGAGGACCAUCUCCCCCCUCAGAGGAAAGGACAUUACAAAGAGCCCACCCAGCACCAGAGGCUUCCUGUCGGUGUCAGAGGAGCCCAGUGCUGUGGACACGACGGCUAGUCCAGCCACGUCAGGGGAGAACCUGGGCCUGUUCCUACUGAGGAAGGACAGCGAGAGGAGGGCCACACUGCACGGGAUCCUCACUGAGUACAUCACCGACGUGGUGCACAACAUCCAGAACACACUACCUCAGCAAACAGACGUUGGGUCCGUGACCUCCGAGCACAUCUCUGAGCUGAUUGGCUGCCUGCGGGAGAACAUCCGCUCUCCAGACAGAAGGCACUUGACCAACAAAUUGGUGAAGUUGCGCUCCACACUGCUUGCUACCGCAGUACCCCUCAAAAACCUGCAAGCGGUGCUCUUCAGCUUCCAGGAUGCGGUAAAAAAGGUGUUGAGGCAGCAGCAGGUGAAACCUCACUGGAUGUUUGCUCUGGAUAACCUGCUGAGGCAGGCCGUACAGGACGCCAUCACUGUACUAUUACCAGAGCUCAAGCUCCAGCUGCAGUCUUGCUUUGAGACGGAGGAGAGUAGCCCAGAGAGAGAGCAGCGGCCCAGUGAGCUAGUAAAGCUUUUGCCUGCAGUUUUCACAGAUGACCAGGUGGCGGCGCCAGCCGACACCGAGACCACAGAGGGGGUUUCAGAAAGCCCCUGCUUACCCAAUGGCCUCCAGUACCACACUAACUGUCCCCUCAGUCAGGAACUGACAGAUCUACGGCUAGAGACUCGCAGACUGCUGACUCAGCUGAGUGAGAAAGAGAGGGAAUACCAGAAGCUACUGAGGAACUCUGUCCAGAGGAGACAGGAUCAGAUCGACACUACCAGGAACACAUCAGAACCCACAGAUACAGAGUUGUCCCUGCAGAUAAGUUCGAACCCAGAAGUCAAGUCCUUGGUUUGCUGGCUGAAGGCUAUCCCAGUAGAUCAGGACACCAUAGACAAGUUACUCUCUCACGAGUUCACCUUGGACUGUCUCCUCACCAUGGCCUGCAGGGAUGAUUUGAUGUACUGUGCCAUAAGAGGAGGGAUGCUGUGUCGUGUCUGGGCGGCCAUCACGACACGGAGGAAGUCACGGCUCAAAUCUCAGCUCAGCACACACUCUGAAGAGAGCGAGGACACCAUUCUCUGAUGGGUCGUCACGUGUUCCACUAAUAGGCUGGCACUAUAAGCACAACAUGGUACACAUUUACUGAGUCUGUGAAUUUGUCUCAUAGUUAAGAUGCAGGAAUUAGUGUGUGUGUGUGUGUGUGCGCAUGUGCGGUUUUCUGAGAACGAGAUAAUCAUGUCAUAAAAAGUGGAGCUACCUUACUAUUUCCCCAAAGUUGUUAUAUUGAAACUGAAAUGGUUACAGAAAGAUAGAUGAACAGUAAAGGAUGUGUUUUUCUGUCAUUUCUUAUUGUGAAUAACUAUACUUAUAAAACGUGUUCUGGGAAAUUUGUAGUCUGAUUGGCUGAAAUGGGGUUCUAAACCAUUGACAAUUCCCUGAUAUUCACAAUGCAUAUGGAGGGAGGGAGGGAGGGAAUAUUUAGUGCCAACAGCUGUCAUAUUUUUACCUCAACAGACAUUCCAUGCCUCCAUGAUACUUUAUAUUCCUUUGUUUGUUUGGUGUGUAGUACAAAAUAAAAUGAUCCUAUUUAAUGUACACCAUUUCUGAGAUCUUCGCAGGGCCUCGGACUUGAAGGAAAGGUGUGUUAUUGAUGGUAAAUAUACACUUUUGCAAGAA